CGGCGCUAAGCUGCGCCUCAUGUGCAGCUACGCCGGCCACGUAAUUGUAGGACCACAUUCCAAGUCCCUAGGCUACGUAGGAGGCGAAACCCGCAUCGUUUCCUUGCCGUCCCCCACCGCUCUCUCCGUCUCCCGCCUCACUGCUCAUCUCGCCUCCACCCUUCAAAUCAACACGCCGUUUAGGGUUAGGUAUCAACUUCCUCAUCACGACCUCGAUGCCCUAAUCUCUAUCGCUAACGACGAUGAUCUCCAAAUUAUGCUAGAGGAAUGCGAACGCCUUUCCGCCUUGCCUGAUCUUCCUCGCAUCCGGUUGUUCCUCUUCCCCGUCAAGCCCUGUCCCCUGGUAGUGCAGAAGGGAGAGAAUGGGGUGGCAUCUGAGGGUGGUGGGGGUGGCCAGGGUGAAGGGAUCAGUCUCUCUGGGAAGGAGUCUAUUGCAUUCGGGAUGAGUACUUCUUUGGGAUCUACUUCGUCCACCGUUUCUUUCUCAAACUUGAACCCAGUAAACGGUCCUAGUGAGGAAAAUGGGCAGCAGUUCCAGGAUUGUAAACCCAAAUUGUCUCUACGAGAAUCAAUUGCAAUUGCAAGUGAUAGCAUUAGCAAUUCAACAAGUUACAUGUCUUGUGCUCAGACUGGAACUAGUCAUCAAGAUUCAGUUGUCCCAAUUGCUGCAAUGGAGAGUAAGGUAUCUGCUAACCCAUACGAAUCAGACAGUAAAAUUCCUGAUCUUCCCUCUGGCAUCCAUUUGCAUUUAUCAGUUCAAGUUUCUGGGUGUGCUGCAAAUCCACAAUUGAAUAUGCCUCAGCAACAAAAUGUGCAGAUUGUUCAUCCUGGUAGUUAUUAUGGGCCCCAAAACCCAACUAGUGUACUGCCAAUGACAUCUUAUAUUCCAGUGUAUCAUCCAGUGAUCCAGCAGCAAGAGUCUCAUUAUCAAUCCAAUCAGCCUUGCCCACUGUACUAUUUGCCUGUUCCACAGACUCAACAAUACAAUUACCCUGUGCAAUGUGGUCUGGUUCAUUCAUCAUCUGCUCAGCCCCAAAUGCAUUCAAAUCCUUCAGGCAUCCCUCCCCAACUGGUUUUGAAGGAGGUUGGAGUCGCACCUCCACCUGUACCUGAGUUAAGCUCUCAAGCACACAGAAAUGUCCCAACAGCAAACCAAGUAGCUCAUGUAAAAUUUGGGUCUACUUCGUCCUCUGUUUCUUUCUCGAACUUGCCUCCAAUCAAGGGUACUGGUGAGGAGAAUGGGCUGCGUUUCCAGGAUUGUAAACCCAAAUUGUCUCUACCAGAAUCAAUUGCAAGAGAAAACUACAAUCUUGUGAUAGUUGCGUUUGAGAGGGUUAUGAGUGAUAGCAUUAGCAAUUCAGCAAGUUACAUGUCUUGUGCUCAGACUGGAACUCGUCAUCAAGAUUCAGUUGUCCCAAUUGCUGCAAUGGAGAGUAAGGUAUCUGCUAACCCAUACGAAUCAGACAGUAAAAUUGCUGAUCUUACCUCUGGCACCCAUUUGCUUCCAUCAGUUCAAGUUUCUGGGUAUGCUGCAAGUCCACAAUUGAAUCUGCCUCAGCAACAAAAUGUGCAGACUGUUCAUGCUGGUAGUCAUUAUGGGCCCCAGAACGCAAGUGGUGUACUGCCAAUGACAUCUUAUAUUCCGGUGUAUCAUCCAGUGAUCCAGCCACAACUGUCCCAUUAUCAAUCCAAUGGGCCUUGCCCACUGUACUAUUUGCCUGUUCCGCAGACUCAGCAAUGCAAUUACCCUAUGCAAUGGGGUCUGGUUCAUUCAUCAUUUGCCUCUGCUCAGCCCCAAAUGCAUUCAAAUGCUUCAGGGAUCCCUCCCCAACUGGACUUGAAGGAGGUUGGAGUCGCAGCUCCACCUGUACCUGAGUUAAGCUCACAAGCAAACAGAAAUGUCCCAACAGCAAACCAAGUAGUACAUACAACUUAUUGUAAGACUGAACAGGAUCCCAUCCCUUCUCAAAUUCAUCAUCAACCUCAAUCAUUUGCACUUGCUAGUGGUGAGACAACAAAUUAAGCUCACAAGCAAACAGAGAAGUCCCUACAGCACCUUUGUCUGAGCCCUUGGCACGGUUGCAUACCAACGACAUUAAGCAACAGAUCAGAACAUUGGAACCAUAAUGAGUCUACGACAAAGGGGAACAAUUUUGGUAAUGGAGACUCAGUAACUUUGAUGUUUCUGUCUGUUUGUUAUUGAAAGAGAUAGCUUGGUCUUCCUGGUUUACCCUUAUUCGCUUUCUUAUGUGUUAGCUUGAAUGUUGCUAACACUUCCAAUUGGUUUUCUUUCUUUCUUUUAUCUUGUUUAUCCUUUCCUUCAAAUGUGCUUGAGGUGAUACUGUAGAAGCUCAAUAAAUAUGUUCUCUGCCUGUUUGAAGCGUCAGUGCUUCAGUCAAUGUAAUGUUAAAUGCUAUGUUUAUCAUAUAAAUUUAGUUUAAUACA